ACGAUUUAAUUGUGUUUUUCUCAAAUUUGGGACCAUUUUGAGUGAUAUUUGCUUAUAAUUAAAAGUGAUUAAGCAGCUGUUUAUAUAAGGUUACUGCAAAAUGGGCAAUAUUCACACUGUUGGACCCAACGAGGCACUAAUUGUAUCAGGUGGAUGUUUUGGCUCCCUGCAGAAACGAACGAUAGUGGGCGGCUGGGCUUGGGCGUGGUGGCUGGUCACGGAUGUUCAGCGAAUAUCACUAGAGGUGAUGACGCUGAAUCCAAUGUGCGAGUACGUGGAGACAGCCCAGGGUGUGCCGCUGACAGUGACCGGCGUGGCCCAGUGCAAGAUCAUGAACGAAGACGAACUCCUCACCACGGCCUGCGAGCAGUUCCUCGGGAAAUCAGUCAAGGAAAUCAAGAUGACCGUGCUGCAGACCCUAGAGGGUCACCUGCGUGCCAUUCUGGGAACUCUUACAGUAGAAGAGGUGUACAAGGACCGCGAUCAGUUCGCGGGGCUCGUGCGGGAGGUGGCCGCGCCCGACGUGGGCCGGAUGGGCAUCGAGAUCCUGUCGUUCACGAUCAAGGACGUGUACGAUGACGUGCAGUACCUGGCCAGCCUGGGCAAGGCGCAGACCGCCGCCGUGAAGAGAGACGCCGACGUGGGCGUCGCGCAGGCCAAUAGGGACGCCGGCAUUCGAGAAGCUGAAUGCGAAAAGAAUGCCAUGGACGUGAAAUACUCAAUGGACACAAAGAUUGAGGAUAAUGCCAGGCUUUUCAAAUUACAAAAGGCACAUUUUGAUCAGGAGAUAAACACUGCGAAAGCCGAAGCCGCCCUAGCAUACGAGCUGCAGGCCGCGAAAAUAAAACAGAAAAUACGAAACGAAGAAAUACAGAUUGAAGUUGUCGAGAGACGGAAGCAAAUCGAGGUCGAACAACAAGAAAUUAUGCGGCGCGAAGAGGAGCUGAUGGCGACCGUUCGACUCCCGGCGGAAGCUGAGGCCUUUCGCCUGCAGGCUAUUGCUGAAGGGAAACGCACACAGACUGUGGAAGGUGCUAGAGCGGAUGCUGAACGCAUCAAGGUCCUCGGUCUGGCUGAAGCCACUGCCAUCGGCGAUGUCGGCAAGGCAGACGCCGAACGUAUGCUGGCGAAGGCGAAGGUUUACAAGCAGUAUGGAGACGCGGCCAUGAUGGCCUUGGUUCUGGAAGCUUUGCCAAAAAUUGCAGCAGAAGUGUCAGCUCCUCUCGCGAAGACCGAUGAGAUAGUGCUGGUGGGUGACAACGGCGCCACGGGAGAAGUGGCCCGCUUGGCUGGCGGUAUACCUCCCGCAGUCAGGUCACUCACCGGCCUUGACAUCAGCCAGGUCUUGAAGAGACUCCAUCCUAAUCCCGAGGACUCUGCGCUGGCAUCUGCUGGAAUCAAAAAGAAGGAAGUUGCAGCCUGCUAAUUAAUGUAUUCAAUUUAAACGCACAAAUGAUUUUAUUAUUGUUUUAUCGCACAUAGUAUUCUUUAAUUUCUAAUGUAUAUUAAUCAACUGCUAAGCAGAAUUUAUUAUUAUUUAUUCAUUGAACAAUUUAAUUAUAUAGUGGAUUAGGUUACGGUUCAAAACCCGAGUAUCGAUGUGUUUAUCUGAAUAUACUCGGUAAGUAAAGCAAGACUGCUUCAAGGCAACUAAGAUAUAUCAAGACUAACACUGUUGUUUUACGACUUUUGUCAUAAAAAUAUUUCUUUUUCUUGGUGACCUAUAUUUAGCUCUACGGGUGAAAUCUAUAGCGCGUACUUAUACGUUGCUCAGAAUUAACUUAAGUAAAACUUAGCUGGGUGUAAGCUUAGCAUAAUGUUUGAUUUAAUUUUUAUAGUUAUUUAACAGGUGAAAUUAUAUUGAGCGUAUGCUAAGACAGCCUAAUGCAAAAGUAAAGUUCGUAUUUUAUUACACUCAGCUAAGUUAUACUUAAGUAAAGUCUGAGCAAACUCUGAGUACACUCUAUAGAUGUCAGGUUAUGUCUCAUAAAGUACAAAGUAAUCAGAUAGUAACCGCUAGGACCACGAGAUGGUGCAUGUCAUUCACCUUAUUCUAACUGGACAAAGAUUUCCACGACGAUCGGUCCUGCGCUGAACUCAUCCAAAGUAUUCCGGCUAUCUUGACCAGAUUGUUGGUCCAUCUUGUGGGGGGCCUACCAACACUACGACUUUCGGUAAGUGGUCGCUAUUCGAGGACUUUACUGCCCCAACGGCCAUCUGUCCGUCGAGCUAUGUGCCCUGCCCACUGCCACUGCAGUUUCGCAAUCGUUUGGGCUAUGUCGGUGACUUCGUUCUCCUACGGAUCUCCUCAUUUCUGAUUCGAUCUCGCAGGGAAACUCUGAUGAUCUGUUUAAGGUACGAUAAUUUAUUCUUGUACGAAAAUGAUGUAGAAUGAAUGUUGUAAGUCUUGAUGUAGGUACUAUAAGUUAGCCUUAUGAUGUCUUGCAUUAGUUACCGGUAUAACUGAGUAUCACACCUUAAAGUCGAACUUGUAUUACGGGAUAUGUCUCUUGAUUCCUAUUGGAUAUCUUAUCCAUUAAACAAUUUGUGUAUCUGACAAACUCUAACCAUUUGUUUUACAAUUUGUGUGAAACUCUAUUAUUUGCUUUGACAUUUUUUUUACCAAACUAAAAAUAAUUUCAACCUAAUCAAAAUUUUUGACUUGAAGUGUGUGUUAUUACGAAGUAAGCCUAAUAAAGCCGAUAAUGUAAUGAUAAAAAUAAUGAUUUUCUAGAAAGGAUUAGUGGGAUACAUCUUACACAUUGCAAUUUCUUAUCAGAGUUACUAUUCAAUGAGUUGCCAAUGUGUUUCUACUCAGGCGAUUGUUUUAUUUUAUUUCUAUAUAAACGUUUUCUGUUAGUGACCAUUUCGGAUGAUGAAAUAAUUAUUGUCUUUAAUGUAUUAAAAAAAAUAAGUUCUUGGAUUACAAUUGGACGUAGUUCUUGAAAAACGUUCCAAGCCAUAAACAUCACAUUUUAAGGAAUUCGUGUUUAAAGUUUAAUAAAUUAGUGUAUUCUAUGCAUGAGGGUUGGGCUACUAAGUCAUUAUGUCAAUUAUUUUACAGACCGUAAAAGAUUUUUUUUUUAAUUUUAAAACUUUAUUUGUGUAAAAUACGACAAGCCGUCAAAAUGCGGUCAGCCGUAAAAAUUAUCUGUCGCAGUCGAUGUAAAAAUUCUUUUUUGUAUUAUCUAUGAUGUUUUAGUAACUAUUCUAUUACUAAUUAGUAACUUUGAAGUACGUUUUAGUUAUAAAACGUUACUACAUUCAUGAGUAAUAAUUGAAAUGUAAUCUGUAGGUAAAUCUAAAAAAAUCAUAAAAAAAAAGCAUGACACUAUACGAAAUUUGUUCAAAGUAAGAAGUAUCUAUUGUUUAUGUAUAACAUAGCGCUAGCUUGUUUAAAAACAAAAGCGUUGACGUUCGCUUUUAUAAACAAGCCUAAACACUUCAAAAGCAAUAAAUUUUAUUUUGUAACCCGAGCCCGUGGACCUUGGGGUCGGUAAGACGUGACGUCGUAAGACUGUUGUUGUGUGGCAGCUUAGCACCUCAGGAGAGUUUGUGUAGAGUUUAAUAAAUAUUAGUGUAUUCCAUACAUGUGGGUUGAGCUACUAAGUCAUGAUGUCAUUUAUAGAGUGACAGUAGGGCUGCCAUUUUUUGUCAGUCGGUUAAUAUGAAUCACGUGACCAGUUUUGUGUUCUUAAUUCAUUUUUGACAUGAUUGUGGUUUGGAACGUUUUUUUGGAAUUACGUCCAAUUGAAUAACUUAUCUCUUGACAAAGAGAAUCAUAUGUAUUCUGUUUUAUAUAUAGGUGUAUUUAAAUCUUCUUUUGUCCCGGAAUAUUUGUUCGACUGACUUUUAUGGGCCUACCUUUAGUCUAUUUUUUAGUAGACCAGGCUAGGUUUAGUGUACGUUGAUACCUCAGAAACAGCUUUGCACAGCCUUAGCACGGUCAGACCUUGUCAGGCAAGUGCUAUUUAUUUUUUGCACAAAAGUUACCAUUAAGUGUAAACUACCUACAUUCGAAAUAAAUAUAUUUUUGGUAGUACUACGAUCAAAGUUUCCAGUAAUAUAAUAAUAACAUAGUAACAUAGUCAUAUAAAUUAGAUUUUGUACUAUUGUGAAUUUUUUCUAGAAUUUUCUACGAGAUAUAUUCGCCUGUUUGAAUGUAUUCUUCAGUGUUUUGUGUUUUUCUAAAAUAUCAGGUUAAGUAAGUCUUGAAAUAUUUAGAAUUGUGAUACAUUUAUCUGAUUCUGAAUUUCGGCCGAUUGAAUUUCUAUCUUAUGACCUUUCGUAACGAGAUCAGACUAAAUGGAAUAUUAAUUACUUUUAUUUAUAUGACCAUUUUAUUAGUUGUUUUUUUUUUUUAUAUUACAAUACAAAUGCAUUUAAGUCGGACAUAAAAAUAAAAUUAUUAAAAUAUAGUUUUUAUCAUUCCAAAGGAUAGCGAAACCGGUCCUUUAAUUAUGGCAAUAUUGUACUGAAUUUAAAAUAAAGCGUAUAGUUUUAUUUUUCAAUGAUUUUCAAUUGUUAUUCAAUUUAAUUUUGUUAAUUUCUGUAGUCUCAUUACUUGUGGUGCCAUUUAUGUCUUUUCAUUUUGGAUGAGAAAUAUAAAUUUUGAAUUUGUAGUUAGAUAAAUGUAUCUGAUUUCUAGAAGGUAAUAGAAGUGACUAGGUAUCGCUAUAGUGUGCCAUAAGACUAUGUUACAAACCCACCGUGCUAGGUAAUAACAUUUGACAGUACCAUUGCAGAACAAAUCCACAAUGAUUGCCGAUUCGAUUAUUCGCAGCACUGGUCUUAUAAUUUGUAUUGCUUUCCCUACAAUAUACAAGAAAUACUUUUAUGAACGUUUUUAGUCUUCUACUACGGUGUGAGAGUAAUGUCGUUGUGUGUGUUUUCGUGGUUUAAUACAUCAACUAUAAGUAUACAACAAAGUUAUAAGCAAGCCAUAGAUUCGAGUUCUCAUAAAUCAAUUUUGAUUUACGCCCGGAAAAUUCGUCUGGUAUACUUCCACAGUCCAAGAGCGACGAGGCUGGGCCUCUACAGGAAUAUACUGCCAAAUAUAAUAACUUUUAUACGAUAGUAUAUCGUAUAGGGGUGUACGUGGGAAUUAGAAGACUAUAGAGCGAUGAUAAGUUAUUCUAACAUCUUAUCAUUACGGAUCAAAUUAAACUGUUUAGAUACAAGUCCAUCAAAUCACCAUGGCACCAUCUAUAUAUCAACAAAAAUAUUAUAUAGACUGUUGUCGUUCGUCUAUAUGUUCUUUUAAUUCAAUACGAUCUUUAUCUGUGCUUUGAUGAGGUAUGAUAUUCAAAAUCAGUCUUAGGCCAAGAUUUAAAGAGCGAAAUAAAACUUUGCUAAGACUUAUCUAGCGAAUUGAGUCGAAGUCCGUAUUCAUAAAUAUAGCUUAGAGUGUGCACUAAGCUUAAGUUUAGCUAGCACUAAAGUUCACCAUAACGACGACUUAGGAAAAAAUUUUACUAUAAACCGAACAAAAAAGAUAUCAACAAUUCCUUGCGCCAUCACAGACGUUGCGUUGUUGUCCGACGAUUUAAAAUAUCCGUAUAAUACGAGAAUGCAGUGGUGCCAAUUGUAUCUGGGGGUUCAUCCUUAUAUAAAUGUCAAUGAUCCGUAAAUUAUAUGAAAUAUAAUAAUGAAAGUAGUUACAUAUUAUAUUCAAUGAAGUAUUUGAAACAAUAUCAGAAUAUAGAGCUAGAUUUUAAAUAACUAAAGGACCCUUUUGUCAAAUGUUUUGAUAAUAAUGUAGAACGUACUCUGUGUAAUGAAAUGCGUUAGGUUUCGCCUUACCUCAAGCUCAGGGUAUUCUCAGCUAUCAAAUUACUAUAAAUACCAAAUCAAAGUUUGUGGUAAGUUUGAAGUCAGCUUAGUUUUUUUUUUAUGGAAUAGGAGGACAAACGAGCGUACGGGUCACCUGGUGUUAAGUGAUCACCGCCACCCACAUUCUCUUGCAACACCAGAGGAAUCACAAGAGCGUUGCCGGCCUUCAAGGAAGGUGUACGCGCUUUUUUUGAAAGUACCCAUGACGUAUCGUCCCGGAAACGCCGCACAAGGAAGUUUUACGUUAGUAAAGUCUAAGCAAAAUGAACGAUCUUUAGAUGUCAGCCUUAGAUUGGUUUUUAUAAACUUUACGAGUAACGUUGCUCGGUGUUGGAACGCAAUGUGGUAACAUGAGGUUCGCUCUUUGGCUUGCUUUAAUAUUUGGUACUAUGACAUAACACUGAACUGAAGACGUCGUUAGAAUUUAACCCCCUUAUUCAUAAUAGUCUGCUAACUGAAAGCAUUGCUAAUUCUCACUCUGUCUUCUUCUAUUAACCUAAGUCAGAAUGAGAAAAAACACUCCUAAGUGGCUGUUUAAAGUUAGCGGACUAUUAUUAAUAAGGGGGUUGAUGUUUAGGAGUAUUUAUUGAAAUAGUGCGGCCUUUCUAAAGAUGAUAUUUUCUGAUUAUUAUGGACGCUAACCACCAAUACACUGGUUAUAUAAAUAUUACCAAGAUUGUUAAUGAACAUUACUAUAAUAUUAAUAUAUCAUUAAUAUUUUCCAGUAGAUAAUUAUAAAUAUGAACUGUGUGAAGUUAAACCAAGUGUAAAAUUAAUUCUCCCUGUCAGUUCUGUAGUGACAGAAUUACAGUGAGGUGAGAUAACGACAAACUUAUUCAUAAUGGUCCGCUAACUUUUAACAGCCGCUAAGGAGUGUUUUUUCACAUUCUUACUUAGGUCAAUAGAAGAAGACAGAGUGCGAAUUAGCAAUGCUUUAAGUUAGCAGACUAUUAUGAAUAAGGGGGAAAAAGUUUUAAAUUUGGAAUAAUUUACUUCGCGUUUAUUAAAAUUUUAUAUUAUUUCGCUAGAAACAAGCUUUUGUUUGAUUAUUUUUUGAAGAUCUUUGCCGCACUUUCGGUCUAUCUGAUUAAAGAAGGUUUUAAUGGCUUAAAUUAAAAUUGACUGGCGUCUUUGGUUAAGUAGUCAGACAUAAUUACGGUUUGUUGGUUUGAUUAGAGUACUAUUAGCUAGAUGUAAACUACGCUAGCAUAGUAAUGUGUGAGAUUAAAAUGGAAUCUAUUUUGCUAAAAUUCGUAACUUAGUCGAUAGACAAGAAGAUAACUUUUUACGUGUUGUAUGUGUACUGUGAGACAUUUUAUUUUAUUAUUUUUAUUAUCAAUUACUAUUAUUGUGUGAUGUGUGGAAUUAAAUAAACUAUAUUGUGUAUAUAAA